AUGGAUCAUAAUGUAGGGUCAUUAAUUGAUAUUGAACACUUGUCAUCAUACUGGCCCAACAUUAUGAUGGAUCCUAAUGACCCUAGCCUGAAGUACUGGUUUAUUCAAUCAAAAAAGCAUGCUGGUGAAAUUUGUUCAGAUUGGGUGAGGUAUUUGCUUGAGGCUCGUUGCUUCUCCAAAGGGUUUAUCCUUAAGUUAUGUCCAUUUCUGAUUUUGAGGCUCAGUUCGCCAUUGAGUGUAAAAGGUUAUGGCCUAGUGAGUUUUGAUGGGUGGAAUAUUUCUCAUCCUGAUUGGCAGACUACUCUCUACCACAAAAGUUUGGCUGAAACUCGUGUCAUUCUUCCGACGCGUCUUCAAAGACAGAAAGCAAUCGGAUACAUAUUUUAA